AUGACGCAAGUCACGAUGGAAGCUAUGAGAGCGAUGUUUGGUACGACGCUGGCGCCAGUGACGCAGAGAGUGGAGCGCUUAGAGACCACGAUCACCGCCCAUGACACUCGCUUGACGAACAUCGAAUCGAGGCUGGAAGAGAUCCUGCCGCCGGGUGGCGCAUCCUCAAAGUUCAUACCAACGCUCGUGGCGAUCAAAGGUAUUUGCGAGUAUUCCGAGCGGCGCACGAAUGUCAUGAACCAGACCCAGGCGGAGGACCUCGUGAACAAGCUGAAAGCCAGCAUCUCGGCUGCGACCGUGGGCUUCGCGAAGUUCAUGGAGGGAAAGGUUUCUCAGGCGACCGUCUCGACCUACGCGCACCAAGUCAAGCGCUGCCUCGUGCUGCAGUCGCGCUCGUUCCGGGCGGCGGCGAGCGAGGCCUACCGGCUGCUGGUGCAGAGGACGGCGGCGGACGUGCGGUCGAACCGCGCCACCUCCUGCGGGCUGAGCUGGUUCUCGCGCUUCCACGCGGCCGUGUGCGAGGAGCACGGGGGCGCGUUCCAGGUCGAGGCAGCGUGGGAGGAGGAGGCGAACCGCGAGCGCAAGAAGAAAGAGGUGACGGUGUUCGACGAGGCUGGGAUGGAGAUCCGGAGCGGGGGGAAGGGUAGCCACUCCUCGAAGUACGUGGGUGUCUCAUGGAACAGCCGCUUGAAGAAGUGGCUGGCUUUCUCGAAGGACUCGAAAGGUGGUAGAGGGCCUAGCGGCUUUGGACGCGAGCUUUCUGGAGCAGGAUCAGUUGGAGGAACAGCCGCCGCACCCUCAGCAGGCGUAGGAGCAGGUGUGCAGAAGGGAUUGUGGAAGCCCAGGUCAGUGCGGAGCGCAGGGCGGAAGUGA